GUUAUUAUUCUGCAAGUUUUCGAGUGGUGUAGGUGCUGCACUCGCUGCUAUUAGUAACUAGACCGCGGUCCGAGUAACGCGUGCUGAUUAGAUUUCUUGGUCUCGUCUUCGACUUAGACUUUGAAUAGAAGUGAAUUUUGUGUUUUUACUGAGCUUAUCGAAAAAGUGUUGGCAGGAAAACUCGUCAAGAUGACGACGUCAAUUUUGGAUCUGGAUACUCAGCAGAACCAGUUUUUUUAUGAUAGUGGGUACAGUGGUUAUUCUGGGACGCCUUCCCCCGGCUCAUCGAUAAGUUCAGGAAUGCUAGGCUCUCCAAUGUCGCAGGGAAGUGAUCUAGCUAACGAAACUUCCCACUUAACAAUGAACGGUCCCCAAAUACUUUACGAUUUAGAUAAUCGCCAAGUUAAUGCAUUCACUAUAAAUGCGUUCGAUGGCACAGGGAAGAUACCGAAUAAUGGCGUGGAAUUAGUCAUCAUAGAAGAGCCUGUGGAAAAAUUUCGAUUCCGAUACAAAUCUGAAAUGCAUGGUACCCAUGGCUCCUUAAUGGGGUGUCGUACGGAGAAGUCAAAGAAAACCUACCCAACAGUUGAACUGCGUGGCUAUAAUGGAAAAGCUGUAAUCGUUUGCAGUUUAUAUCAAACAGACUCGUUGACACCAAUGCCACAUUCACAUCGUUUAGUCGUACGAAAUGGCGAUGUUGACCUUUGUGAUCCACAUGAACUAACCGUCUCGCCGGAAGAAGGAUAUAGAGCAGUGUUUCAGGGUAUGGGCAUUAUACAUACAGCGAAAAAACAUAUAGUUGACGAGCUUAAAGCUAAGAUGAAAAGGGACAGGAUCAUGGAAACAGGAGGAUCUUUGACACCCCGUGAUGAGAUGCAGAUAAAAGCAAAUGCCGAACGUAUUGCCAAGAAUAUGAACCUUAAUCAAGUGUGUUUAGGAUUCCAAGCGUUUGCAGUGAAUAACGAUCACACGUUAACUAGGUUAUGCAAAUCAAUAUUCUCUCGACCUAUUAACAACAUGAAAAGUGCCCUGACUGGCGAAUUAAAAAUUACACGUUUAAGUGCAGCAGUUAGCAGCGCAGCAGGCGGCGACGAUUUAUUCUUAUUUGUUGAAAAAGUCGGCAAAAAGAAUAUAAAAGUACGGUUCUUCGAAAUUGACGAUAAUGACGAAGAAGUUUGGGAGGGAUGGGGAGUAUUCUCGGAAGCUGAUGUUCACCAUCAAUAUGCUAUUGCACUUAGAACGCCGCCAUAUAAGGAUAAAGACAUAGAUCAUCAUAAGGAAGUCUUCAUCCAAUUAGUUCGUCCCAGUGACAAUGAUCGUAGCGAACCGAUGCCUUUCAAAUAUAAGCCACGGGAUAUAGUGACGUCUCGAAAACGCGCUCGAAUGAGUUCCUCAACGUAUAGUUCAUCAGAACUACCCGAGACGGUGGUUGCCAAUUUCAAUCAUGCACAGACAAUUAGUACUGAAUACAAUACACAGGUGAUUCUGGAUGAAUUUCUUAAUCAAGUGCGAACCGACUAUGACUCAGGAGAAUUGGCAUCAGCACUCAAUAAUGACGCCCUAAUGGAUGACCAAUUCCUAGUAACAGAUGGAACAUCUAAGUCAGUGCGAAGUGUAAAACAUAUACAACAAAGACCAUCAGUGGUUGUCAGUCGCGCAUCGGUCAGUGCACAAAGAAAAUUGGCACCUUCUCCUUAUAUUUGUCAGAUAUUUAAAAUUUGCCGUGAGUUUGGUGAAAAGAAUGUGGAAGUGGCUAAACAAAAGAUUUUGGAUAUUUUUGACGAAGCCAAUAAUAAUGAAUGCGACGUGAUCCAAAUGGCAAUAAGGACAGAUGAUUCGAAAAACAUGAUCCAACUGCUGAAAUUAAUUGAUAAAUUUCAAUUGAAUGAAGUAUUACAAUAUCAGAACGAACGCAAGGAGACUUGCCUACAUAUUGUUUGUUUGUUUGACAAACCAGAGUAUAUCAGGCCAUUGAUUAAUUUGGGUGCAAAUCCAAAUCUUCCAGACAAUAAAGGUAACACUCCACUUCAUAUUGCCAUCGAGGAAAAUAUGACAAUGUGUGCCAAUCGUAUAAUUGAUCCACAAAAUUAUACACAAAGAAGUGUACGCUUAAUCAUCGACUGCGCGAACGAUGACGGUCUCACACCUCUGCAUUUGGCUGUGAUGAAAAGCAAUCAACAAAUGGUGGAACGUCUUCUAAAAGUGGGGAAGGCAUCGACAAAAUUGUGUGUAUCGAAGAGUGGGAAUAAUGCUUUGCAUUUAGCAAUUGAGAGGAAUUGUGUGCCGAUUGUCCGGUAUCUACUGGAAAACACAUCUAUAAAUGUGAAUGAACCAAAUUUGGCAGGCUUUACACCACUACGAUUAGCUAACUCGAUGGAUAACGUUUCAGAUGAAAUAGUUCGUUUGCUUUUGAAGUGGGGCGCCAAUGAAGGCGAUGCGAGAAUAUCACACAGUCAGAUAAAACGUAACGAGCGUUCAAGAGGAACCAAUAGAAUGGAAACCGAAGAGAAUACAUCUUCAGAUGAUGAGGACGAUGAUGACGAGAAACCGCUGACAAUUGAUGAAAAAUAUGAAAGUGAUGAGAAAGGUCAAAGUGAUGAGUCUGAUUCGUCACAAUCAUCUUCAGUAAUAUCCAAAAACUAUACGCUGUACAAUAAGGAAAAUAUUUUGGAAUUAGCUAAGAUUCUAAAUAAAGACGAUAAAUGGAGGAAAUUAGCAGUACAAUUGAAAUUAGAUUGUUACCUGAAUUUUUGGGGCAGUCAAGCAAAUCCGACGCUGUAUAUGUUUCAAUACUUAAACAAUUUAGAGAAGGAUCGGAAAACGAAGUUGAAGGAUGUGAUAGUUGCGCUACAUUCAAUUAAAGAUUUGGAUACUAUCAAAUUUAUUCAUAAGAUGGAAGACAAGAAUAAUAUUGUAAUAUCUUCACUGGCACAGCGAACGGACUCCGCUGACGAAACUUCACUUUCGAUAAUGAGCGACUGUCAAACAAUAUAUGAUUUGGAUAAUCAUCAAAUAAAUGAAUGCAAUUUAAAAGCACCCGAAGGCACGGAAAAUAUAGUGAACAAUGAGGUGGAAUUGGUCAUCAUAGAAGAACCUGUGGAAAAAUUUCGGUUCCGAUAUAAAUCUGAAAUGCAUGGAACCCACGGUUCCCUAAUGGGAUCUUCUUCAGAAAGGUCGAGGAAAACCUAUCCAACAGUUGAACUACGCGGGUAUAGUGGAAAAGCUAUAAUCCUUUGCAGUUUAUAUCAAACCGACUCCUUGACACCAACUGCGCAUUCACAUCGCUUAAUCGUCCGAAAUGGCGAUGUUGACCUUUGCGAUCCACAUGAAUUAACCGUCUCCCCGGAAGAAGGAUAUAGAGCAGUCUUUCAAGGUAUGGGUAUUAUACAUACAGCGAAAAAACAUGUAGUCGACGAGCUUAACGCUAAAAUGAAAAAGGACAAGAUGAUGGAAACAGGCGCGCCUUUGACCCCCUGUGAUGAGAUGCAGAUAAAAGCAAAUGCUGGACGUAUUGCCAAGAAUAUGAACCUUAAUCAAGUAUGCUUAGGAUUCAAAGCAUUUGCAGUAAAGGACGAUCGAACGUUAACCAAAUUAUGUGCACCAAUCUUCUCUCGACCUAUUAACAACAUGAAAAGUGCCCUGACUGGUGAAUUAAAAAUUACACGUUUAAGUGCAACAGUUAGCAGCGCAGCAGGCGGUGAUGAAAUAUUUCUGUUUGUUGAAAAAGUCGCCAAAAAGAAUAUAAAGGUGCGUUUCGUCGAAAUUGACAAUGAUGAGGAAGAAGUUUGGGAGGGUUGGGGUGAAUUUUCCGAAGCUGAUGUUCACCAUCAAUAUGCUAUCGCACUUAAAACACCACCGUAUAAGGAUAAAAACAUAGAUCAUCAUAUAUCUGUUUUUAUCCAAUUAGUUCGUCCAAGUGACAAUGAUCGCAGUGAACCGUUGUCAUUCAGAUAUAAGCCACGGGACAUAGUCACUUCGCGAAAACGCAUCCGAAUGAAUUCCACAACGUACAACAACUCAUCAGUACUUCCAGUACUUCCUGUGGCGGGAGAAGUUAAUUUCAACAAUGCACAGACAAUUAACAUUGAAUAUGAUGAUUCUUAUAUGUCGAUGUUAGCACCGUAUGAGUUCCCACUCGAAGUAAAAGAUGGAAUUGGUUCUAAGCCAGCGCGCAGUGAGCAACAUGUAGAACGGAGUCUAUCGCUUGUUGCUAGAUGUCGGCCACCAUACAUUUACCAAAUAUUAAUGAUUGACGGUAAAUACGGUGAUAAGAAUGCGGAAUUCGCUAAACAGAUGAUUUUGGAUAUUUUCGACGCAGCCUGUAAUAAUGAAUGCGACGUUAUUCAGACGGCGAUCAGGACUGAUGAUCGGGAAAUCAUGAACAAAUUGUUAAAUUUGAUUGAUAAAUUUCAAUUGAAUGAAGUCUUACAGUACCAGAAUGAACGCAAGGAGACCUGCCUACAUACUGUUUGCUUGUUUGACAAACCGCAGUAUAUCAGGCCAUUGAUCAAUUUGGGUGCAAAUCCAAAUCUUACAGAUAAUAAAGGCAAUACUCCACUUCAUAUUGCCAUCGAGGAAAACCUAAUAAUGUGCGUCAAUGGAAUUAUUGAUUCACAAAAUUACACACAAACAAGAAUAGGUUUGAUCAUCGAUUGCGCAAACGAUGAAGGUCUUACACCUUUGCAUUUGGCAGUAAUGAAAAACAAUCAACAAAUCGUAGAACUUCUUCUAAAACCAGGGAAGGCAUCGACAAAAUUGUGUGUAUCGAAGACCGGGAAUAAUGCUUUGCAUUUAGCAAUUGAGAGGAAUUUAGUGCCGAUUGUUCGGUAUCUAUUGGAAUAUACAUCCAUAAAUGUUAAUGAAUCGAACUUGGCCGGAUUUACACCACUAGGAUUAGCUAACUCGAUGGACAACGUUUCAGAUGAAAUCGUUCGUUUGCUUUUGAAGUGGGGCGCCAAUGAAGGCGAUGCGAAAAUCUCACACAGUCAGGAAAAACGUUACGAGCGUUUGAGAGGAGCCGAUAGUAUGGGAACAGUAGAGAUUACAUCUUCAGAUGAUGAGGACGAUGACGACGAGGAAUCGUAAAUAAUUGAUGACAAAUCUGAUUCGCCACAAUUAUUUUCAUUAAUAUUCAAAAACUAUACGCAGCAAAUAUUUUGAAGUUACCUUAGAUAGAUAAAU